AUGUGUCAAAAUCAAAGAAAGGUUGUCCUGGCUGCAGCUCCAAAUCGCCCUCUUCUCAUGUUAUCCUUACGUUUCUUGUACACGAAUCCGCCAAAUCCAAUCAAUCCUGCCCCUAUCAGCACUCCAAACACUAUCCCUGCCUUCUGCCCACCACUUAGUCCUCCUGAAGACCCUUUCUUAUUGGGAGGUGGUGGUGAUGGUGGUGGUGGUGGUGGUGAUGGUGGUGAUGGUGGUGAAGGUGAUAGUGGUGGUUUAUAG